AUGGAACACUCGGACAGCCCUGCCUCCCACAGCAGUGACCCCAACGGGUUCGUCAAUAAAGUCUUCAACGUGUCUCUGGAUGUGCAGAAUGAGACCGGCACCGUAUCUAUCCAGGAGACUGGGGAGGGAGAAGGACAGGGAGAGGGUCAAGGAGAAGGUCAGCGGCCAGGCCAAGCCCAGGGAAAGUGGCAGGAGGCUGGGGAUAGACAGGCAGAGACCCAGGCACCCCCUCAGACCCCUGGAAAGGAGCGCCCGGAGGUCAACCGUAGACCAAGAGCUACAGGGGCCAUCUGGAAGAUCUUGACCCGGCGUAGAGUGGCCUCAGAGCUGGAUAACAGAAGACCUCACUCUAUGAUUCUCCCUGGAGAGGCGGCCUCCAUCCCUAAACUGUCCUUCGCUGACAAGGUCCGCUCCAUCAAGAAGCUCCGCUCUCCGGCUGUCUUCAAGGGGAGGAUGGGGAAGAUAUAUGGGUCCAGCGCUAAGUUCAGAGACGGAGAGACGGAGGGUGACUCGUUCUGCCAGGACUUCCUCCCCUCGCCCGCCCUGCACCCCUGUAAGAGCACACUCCGCCACCGCGCGAAGAGGCACUCGUAUGCCGGACACACCACCGAGUUCGACUGCUCAUUUGAGGACAUAGAUCUGACAGCUACCCUGGACAGACACCAUCUUCCCUCGCUAGUGGAGCCUGUUACCCAGAACGGCUCUGAGCCCACAGAGAGAGCCUCCUACACCAAGAGAUGUCAGGUCCAGGCUCAGGCGCAGGCCAACCACUCCUCUAACUGUAACAGUACCUCAGCAGGAGUUUGUGAGGAGCAGAGUGUGAGGGGCAGCCCCAAGGCCCCGCUGGGUGGGAGGAGGUCUAAGGGAGCUGACGUGUGGAGUUACCUGAGGAGGAUCUCUGUCCUGGGGAAGGGGAACCCGGCCUACUCAGAGAGGAGUUUUGACUCAGAGCUCCACACACUGGACAAGACCAUGGACUCUGACUAUGGCUCGGUGGACUUUGAGAGCAUCAGGGACUUUCACCCAGCGGCUCCAAAACACUCUGACAGCAAAGGUGGACAUUUUGGGGGUCUGAUUAAGUUCUUCAGCAAUGUUGCGGAGACAGCUAGAAAAUGGCGGACGUCUUCACGCUCCUUCUCUCCUCCAGAGGAGGGAGGGGAGCGGUCGCCAUUGGGCCCCCCCAGAGCAGGGCAGCGUCUAGGGGACUACGUCCACAGUGUGUCCCUGACCCUCCGCAGUGAGGACCACCCAGAGUGUCCCCCAACACCCGCCUCACCCCUGACCCCUCACCCCCCUCGCUCCCCUGCCUGUGACCCUGUCUCACCCCCUCCUCUGAUAGGCAGACGGUCUCCUCAGGUGAUGUUGAAGGCCUGGAGGGUGUGUCCGGACUCACCAAGCGUUAACGGCCUGGUGUGCGUGAGCUCAUUGGAGACGACCAGACAGACGGACAGACAGACAGAGAGACAGACACAGCACACAUCUGUAGCCACAGUAGAAAAUCACGUGCCACACUCAAGGCUGGAGAGAGAGACUCAGAAAGAGAGAGAGACAGAGGUAGACAGAGAUCCCUUAGAAUGUGUGUCUACAGUGGAAAGAGAAAGAGAGGGAAGAGAGGGGGGAGAGGAAGGAGAGGGACACUCAGGAAAUUACCUGGAUUCCAAGGAUGCUCUACCUGUCUCGGAGCAGACACACCUUCCAAACGGCCAAUCAGAGUUAAGGGAAGGAGAGACCGUAGCCACUAGGGAGCCAGUAGGAAACUGCCCCCAGGAAGUAUUUAAGGUGAGUAUGUUGAUGAUAAACAUGAAAACUGUUUUAUGUUCAACAACCCUUAUCGAAAAAUACAGGCUUCUGGCAAACAGUUGUGGCAGAUUUGCGGCGACUUGUAAACUUCUGGCAAACAAUUCUCUGGGAAACUUGUGGCGAACAUGAAUAUGCAAAUUAGAUCCAGUUUUCGGUUACUGUGUGUUAACAACAUUGAAAUGUUGUAUCUACAGUACAUAAACCCAAUCACAUAUAACUUUAAAUGAACUUGCUUCUCACAGAGAGAACUAAACUAAACAUGCUGAAUAUACUAAACAACGUAUUCAAUGUCUUAACAGAUACAAAUAAAUCCACAUUGAAAUCAUCAGCAUGCAAAUGAAGAAAAGAGCAAAAAGCUGGAUAUUUCCCAAAUAAAUUAUAUAUUUAAUAUUUUUAUGUAGCUACAUUCACGUGGUCCUCUGUAGCUCAAUUGGUAGAGCAUGGCGCUUGUAACGCCAGGGUAGUGGGUUUGAUCCCCGGGACCACCCAUACGUAAAAAUGUACGCACACAUGACUGUAAGUCGCUUUGGAUAAAAGCGUCUGCUAAAUGGCAUAUUAUUAUUGUUAUUAUUAUGAUAGCAAUGUGAACACUAUGGGGAUGUUGACCUUAGGAUGUUUAAAGGGGUAACUAGAGCCACGUGAUAAUUGAGCAAUAGCUUUCAACCAAUGGAAGUUUAAAAGAUAAUUAACAAAAUGGAGAUCAUUAAAACAACAACAACUAAAUCAAACCAAGUUCAGAACUAUUGCCUUUUUAAGUAAACUUUGGAGAUGUCCUUCGUCCAAAGCUUGUUGAAUGCAUGAACUGAAACAAACACAAAACACAAAACAAAAACAAAAUUAGGAUACUGAAAACAAUUACUGAAAACAUUUUAUAUUUUGGUAUCUUACAGUGGCUUGCGAAAGUAUUCACCCCCCUUGUCAUUUUUCCUAUUUUGUUGCCUUACAACCUGGAAUUAAAAUGGAUUUUUUGGGGGUUUGUAUAAUUUGAUUUACACAACAUGCCUACCACUUUGAAGAUGCAAAAUAUUUUUUAUUGUGAAACAAACAAGAAAUAAGCCAAAAAACUGAAAACUUGAGCGUACAUAACUAUUCACCCCCCCAAAGUCAAUACUUUGUAGAGCCACCUUUUUCAGCAAUUACAGCUGCAAGUCUCUUGGGGUAUGUCUCUAUAAGCUUGGCACAUCUAGCCACUGGGAUUUUUGCCCAUUCUUCAAGGCAAAACUGCUCCAGCUCCUUCAAGUUGGAUGGGUUCCGCUGGUGUACAGCAAUCUUUAAGUCAUACCACAGAUUCUCAAUUGGAUUGAGGUCUGGGCUUUGACUACGCCAUUCCAAAACAUUUAAAUGUGUCCCCGUAAACCACUCGAGUGUUGCUUUAGCAGUAUGCUUAGGGUCAUUGUCCUGCUGGAAGGUGAACCUCCGUCCCAGUCUCAAAUCUCUGGAAGACUGAAACAGGUUUCCCUCAAGAAUUUCCCUGUAUUUAGCGCCAACCAUCAUUCCUUCAAUUCUGACCAGUUACCCAGUCCCUGCCGAUGAAAAGCAUCCCCACAGCAUGAUGCUGCCACCACCAUGCUUCACUGUGGGGAUGGUGUUCUCGGGGUGAUGAGAGGUGUUGGGUUUGCGCCAGACAUAGCGUUUUCGUUGAUGGCCAAAAAUCUCAAUUUUAGUCUCAUCUGACCAGAGUACCUUCUUCCAUAUGUUUGGGGAGUCUCCCACAUGCCUUUUGUCGAACACCAAAAAAUUGUUCUUAUUUUUUUCUUUAAGCAAUGGAUAAUUUCUGGCCACUCUUCCGUAAACACAGCUCUGUUUAGUGUACGGCUUAAAGUGGUCCUAUGGACAGAUACUCCAAUCUCCGCUGUGGAGCUUUGCAGCUCCUUCAGGGUUAUCUUUGGUGUCUUUGUUGCCUCUCUGAUUAAUGCCCUCCUUUAAUGGUCCGUGAGUUUUGGUGGGCGGCCCUCUCUUGGCAGGUUUGUUGUGGUGCCAUAUUCUUUCCAUUUUUUAGUAAUGGAUUUUCUGAUAUUUUUUUAUAACCCAACCCUGAUCUGUACUUCUCCACAACUUUGUCCCUGACCUGUUUGGAGAGCUCCUUGGUCUUUAGUGGUGCCGCUUGCUUGGUGGUGCCCCUUGCUUAGUGGUGUUGCAGACUCUGGGGCCUUUCAGAACAGGUGUAUAUAUACUGAGAUCAUGUGACAGAUCAUGUGACACUAAGAUUGCACACAGGUGGACUUUAUUAAACUAAUUAUGUGACUUCUGAAGGUAAUUGGUUGCACCAGAUCUUAUUUAGGGGCUUCAUAGCAAAGGGGGUGAAUACAUAUGCACGCACCAAUUUUCUGUUAUUUAUUUUUUAGAAUUUUUUGAAACAAGUUAUGUUUUUCAUUUCACUUCACCAAUUUGGACUAUUUUGUGUAUGUUCAUUACAUGAAAUCCAAAUAAAAAUCCAUUUAAAGUACAGGUUGUAAUGCAACAAAAUAGGAAAAACGCCACGGGGGAUGAAUACUUUUGCAAGGCACUGUAAAAGGUAGAUUCAGUGGCUAAUGGGCGGGUUUUGUUUUGGAAAAAAACGGCUCAGCUAUUACAAACUUACCUUGAUGUUGCUAUGCUUCUCACUGAAACUGGCAUUCUAUAUAUUUUUCAGCAGGGAAACAAUGUUUCUGUCUUGUAUAAUUGCUAUAUGAACAAACGAUGUAGCUAGCAUCAACUGGGAUUUAGGCCUACUAAAUAUACUCUUUAAUGUGUGGCCAACUGUUCCUAGAGAGCCACAGUACACAAUAUUUUUCUUCAACUAAUUAUGAUAUUCAAUCUAGACUGGGGACUUCAACAUUAAGAAACAGUUUUCUACUAGUUGUCUUUUCUUCCUGACUCAGGUGUAUAAGGCUUGGGUGGAAGAAAAGCAACAUACAAUUGAGUUAUUCCUAAUAUGGCAAUUCAUAUCAAUGUUCCAAAAUGAAUUAUUGUUAACUUACAUCUCAAAGCCAUCCAUGCGAGAAGCCUUGCUUGACCUGGUGCACACAUGUCUCUGUCCUCAGUUUGAUUGAAGGCCUUGUAACUGAUUGCUUCUAGAAAGAGAGAAGGAACAACACAUGAUCAAGAUGCGCAAGCCACUAGUUUAAAGCAAUGAAAGAUCUCAUUGUUACAAAGAAUGAAUGUAUGGGCUACAUUUAUGAGAAUAAUAAAUGCAUUUGCUUACCUUAUCAAGCUUGAAGACGAUACACUCAUUUAUCACGCAAAAAAAGUGUUAUGAGUGAGUGCACUACAAACAUCUUUCCAGGGUGUUGAUGCAUCCUUCUACCAAUACAGCCUCUUCCAUCUGCAAAAGUGAAGUCUUGCUUGGAUGCAAGUCAGCUCAUAUUGUUGCUACCUUAGCGGUUGUGCUAGCAAACAUACUAUUGAACAGUGACACUAGCAUAUUUAAAUGCAUAUUGGUAUUAAAGACAGCAAUGUAUUCACCAAAAAAUACUGUAUAAGUGUUUAGGAAAAUCAUUAGUUAGCUAGCUAGCUAGCGAUCACAUUAAUUGUGCAAAAAUAUGAUAGCUAACGUUAGCUAGCUAGCUAAGUGCUAGCCAAGCGCUAGCCAGUCAGUGGCGCUGACAGAUUGAAACUGGUAUCAACAAAAUGUGUUUCACUCUAUCCCAUUUGAAAAGAAGUAGAGGGUGCUCAACCAACGUGAGUAGAGGUGCAACCUAAAAAUGUGUAAACAUCAUUGGACAGGAAAAGGCGCAACGCUCGCUCACCCAAAAAAAAUCAUAGUUUUAUUAGGCAAGUUUAAAAGAUUGACGUUUCGGCCUUUAAUGGCCUCCUUCAGAAUAAUCACAAAGGGAAUGGAUAAGUUCAUACAGGGCACGGGGAAGACAAUUAGGGAGAAAACUCUCUUCAGCUGGUGCUGCUGAUGAGAGACAGUGUGGUAGACCAUACAGGUUGGUACUCAGGGUGUGGGGUACUAUGGUCAAUGUCUCCACCUAGUGAUAAAAUACAGAACUGAACCAGUAAAAAACUGGGAAAACUGGGAAGCUUUUUUCAACAUAGUAGGUGUAAUUGUUAUACAACCAUUACUAUAUAAUACAUGUUGAAUAUGUUGGGUAUUGGAAAAGAAACAACAGAGCUAAAAAAACAAAAAAAAAACAUCAACAGCUUAGGCAAAGAGGUCUAACAACUGGUUUGGACAACAGUUAGUGAGCUCCCUCCAUGUGUAAACAAGAAGUACAAAUGGGGACACUCACCGGACAACAUUGGUAGGUAGCUAGCGUGGUUUUCAUUUUCCAACAAAUUUUUCUAAUCCCCUUCAUUGCUCAUCAACAGUUACUGGUCUUGGAAUUCAUGUGUUCACCAGAAACGGCUUCCAUUAAACUGUUUGCCACUACUGCCAAUAAAUAUUGUUGCCACAGGUUUGCCACAUUUUUUUAUAGAAUCUUGAGAGAAUUGUCUGCCAGAAAAAACCCUCUGGCAAACUGUUUGCCACUAUUGGCAAUAAAUAUUAUUGUUUUCAAAGGUUUGCCGCAGAUUCAUCACAAGUGGCAAACAUUUGCAAACUUCUGGCAAGAUUUUGUGACACACUAUUUUGUUUGCCAAAAACAUCUUUGCAAAUAAACCAAUUCAGUUAAUAAGGAAUUAAAAUAGUUGUACAUUCUUUGUAAUCUGUGCCUGGUAAUGAUCAAAUGUGUUAUUGUAAGUCAUCACCUCAUUUUAAUCAGUCCCAUCAAAUCAUUAAUUCAUUCUAUGUCAUUAUCAGAUCCGGUCAUCAUGUAACUAUUACAUUACAACAUUUUCUCAUUGUUAACCUUUUUAACCUUGUUAAACAUCAUCAUUCUUUUGCUUUUUUUAAAACAACAGCAAUCAUCUAAAUGCUUCAUGUAAGUCUCAUAACAGUUACUUGUACUGUACAAUGUUAAGUAAGUAGGCUAUAGGUCUCUCUCUGUUAGAGGGGGUGUGUCUGUUAGAGAGGGUGUGUCUGUUAGAGAGGGUGUGUCUGUUAGAGAGGGUGUGUCUGUUAGAGAGGGUGUGUCUGUAAGAGAGGGUGUGUCUGUUAGAGAGGGUGUGUCUGUUAGAGAGGGUGUGUCUGUUAGAGGGGGUGUGUCUGUUAGAGAGGGUGUGUCUGUUAGAGAGGGUGUGUCUGUUAGAGAGGGUGUGUCUGUUAGAGAGGGUGUGUCUGUUAGAGAGGGUGUGUCUGUUAGAGAGGGUGUGGGUAAUAUACAGAGAGCAGCGGGUAUGUUGUGGGUAUUCUUUUGCCCCAUCUGUUGGCCAGAGGAGGAAGUAGAGUCAGAGCUCUCUGUGUGGAGUGUUAGUUAAACCACCGUAGUCUGUCUUUUCUACCCCUUCCUGUCUCCUCCACACAGAAACACACCAGGAAAUCUUGUCCUAAAAAACAUGGGAAUCUAGUUCUAAAAGUGGUUCCCAACCAAGUCCUCAGGGAUCCCUUAGACAUUCCAAAGAUGUGUUCUAUUCCAGCCCCAGCGCACCUGGUUCAGCUAGUCAACUCAUUUCCAAGCCCUCAAUUAGUAAAAUCAGGUGUUGUAGUGCAAAUAUGUGCAACGGAAAACCGUGUGUGUGUGUGUGUGUGUGUGUGUGUGUGUGUGUGUGUGUGUGUAAGUGUAUGUGUAUGUGUAUGUGUGUGUGUGUGUGUGUGUGUAUGUGUGUGUGUGUAUGUGUGUGUGUGUAUGUGUGUGUGUGUGUGUGUGUGUGUGUGUGUAAGUGUAUGUGUAUGUGUGUGUGUGUGUGUGUGUGUAUGUGUGUGUGUAAGUGUAUGUGUAUGUGUGUGUGUGUGUGUGUGUGUGUGUGUGUGUGUGUGUGUGUGUGUGUGUGUGUGUGUGUGUGUGACUGCCCCCACUCUAACUGCAGCUACACACACCUCCCUCUCCUCACACCGUGUUCAGAUGACUCAUCUCCCCUCUGGUCUCUCUCUCACAGCAAGUCAGGACAUGUCAGUCCCUCCUAUACUGGGCUUGGUCUAUCAGAGGAUUCUCCUGUAGAUUUAUUCUGGGCUUGGUCGAACAGUGGAUUUUCCUGUAAGGAAACUAAAAUGGAAACUAACUAAGGAAAUCAGGGUUGUGAAUGUAGUGAGAUGGAACUUUUACAUAUAACCAGAUUGAUUGAUUGAUGGAUUGAUGGAAUGAUGGAUUGAUUAAUUGAUUCAUUGGUUGAUUCAUUAAUUGAUUGAUCAUUGAUGGAUUUAUUGAAUAAUUCAUUGAUUGAUUGAUUAGGGAGCUCUAUCAGGCAGUGUUUUGAGGAGACCCAGGUCAGUCCAGUCCUGUUCUAGUCCAGUGAAGACCCCUGCCCCUCCCAAGCCCCCCCGCCCUCGCCCCCGUCCCGCCUCAGCCCUGGUCGACCUCAGAGUCUGCAGUCCCUUCCCAGAGGGCUGUGCUUUUGCCGUUACCCAGCAGGCCGAGGGGGGCUCUCUGUGCCGGCACAGAUGCAGGCCCGGUCCCAUGAUGCACCUCUCUCCGGGGCGGAGACGGGCGGGCGGUCUGGCCAGGCCCUGCUCUGUCAUAGAGCCCUCCGUUACCAUGGAGAUACACCCUGCGCAGAGUCACAGA